AUGAAGAUAAACGAAGAUUUUUCUAAUUUCCGAACUGAUGAACAUGGAUAAAAAAUAUAAAAUUCAGCAUUAAAAGCCUAGUAAAAUCCUUAAUAAUUUGUAGAUGAAAUAAGCCAAAGUUUUAUAGAACUUUCGAAAGAAUUCUCAAUAUAAUACGAUGUAUUCAAUAGAACUUCGAGCGAUGCACAUAAAAAUGCUGUUUAAAAUCUUUGGAAUAAACUUGAAGAAAACGGAUAUAUUUAAAUAAAUAACAAAAGAAACAAAUCAACAUGUAAAUUGGGUAUCAGAAGAAAACCACAUAUUCUGUUUAGAGAAAAUAAAGGAAAGAACAAAAUAGUAUCUUUAAUAAAACCGUCCAAUUCAUCCCGAUCACUCAAACACCUAUACAAUAAAUUAAUUAGAAGAAAUGAGUGA